UCUGACAGCUCUAUUUCUUUAGUGUUUGAUACAAGUGUUUAACGCCGCUCGUCGUUCAUUUUCGGCUUCUUCAUCUUGUUGAAGUCACGUUUUUUUUCGCUACUGCAWUUUUACUAUUUAAACACGUGUUUUAUAGUUAAUUUUAUAUUAUUUAAUUGUUCGCAAUUAUUUUUAUUAUUAUUCUUAAGCGAUCAUAAUAUACUACCAACAAAAUGUGGAGCAUAGUAAUGGAACCAGGAAAAAAAUACAGCACUGUCGUUGAGAACACAUUCCAUCUGUCUAUGGCUACACUUGAUUUAGAAACUGUUAAAAAAGCUGAUGAUGUGCAUACAGUAUAUGUCGAAACUGAUGAUAACCCACGUGUUAUCCUUUGUCACUUGUCUAAAGCAUCAAAACUGUUCCAAUGCCGAUUGGAUCAUAUUUUCCCUCGAGGAACAGAUUUAAAGUUUGUUACAUCAGCCACUGCUAACAUACAUAUGACUGGAUAUUUAGACUUAAAUGAAGACGAUGAAUUAUAUUCUGAUUUAGAAAGUGAAUCUGAAAAUGAAGAAAACUUAACCGAAAAUAAAGCUGUGCAAGGAAAAGGUAAUAAAAGAAAAUCUGAAGAUAAUGGUUCAAAAAAAAAUAAAUCUAUUAAAUUGGAUGAGACUAAUCAGUCUGAUGAAGAAAGUGACGAUGAUGAUGAAACCMUGGAUUUUGAAGAUGAUAGUGAUGAUGAUGAAGGAUUAAAAUGUAAGUAUGGUGCUAAAGGAAGUCCGCCUGAAAUUCCACCCAAUAGUACUUUAGUUUUUGAUGUAGAACUUAAACAUGUUAAUUAA